UUAUUUUGUUGCGUCACGAAAAUUUAUAGUGCAUUUUUUGCAUUUCUUUCAACUUAAUGCGAUAAAGCGAGAUAGAUGCCGUAUGACGUGCAACUGAAAGGCUAUGAAAUGAACUAUAUCUCCCUUCCAAUCAACCAGCAUGGGUUAUAACACGGAAACUUACUAUAUCAAUCCAAAAGCUGAUAGAAUUGUAACCCAACAGAAGGAUUCCUACUAUAUUGCCUACAAUGUUGGAAAAACAAAUGUAACCAUCGCUGUCAUUCAAGGAAACAUAUUCUCAUGGACCAACACAAUAGGCACAAAUCCCAUUGUCCCAGGACAGGCAUGUAUUAUGACUAUUGGUAACAGAAUGGGUGCCAUCGGUGUAAAAGUUAUUAACAACGGUGAUGUUAACGCAUUUGUCCACGUUUCCGGUGGUAAUAGGGGAUAUGAUGAAUGGACUGAUAGUAAAAGCUACUUUAAUCUCGAUACAAACAAUCUUCUAAAGACUCUUGUUACUUAUGGAAUUGGGAAGGUGCCAGUAAUUGGUGGUGAGCUGUCCACAAUUAUUGGUUUUUUUUGGCCAGCUGCAGCUGAACCCAGUGCAUGGGAACAAGUACAAGACAAGGUCCUUGAAGUGGUAGAUAAGAAAGCUCAGGAUGUCGUAAAACAAUUAACUGGUAGAAAACUUGCAUAUGUAAAGGAAAGAAUAAAAACGUGCGCCAGAGAAAUUGAUGAUCCCAACAUCAAAAUAACCGUACCUGCUCAUUACAUGAACAUUGCCGAAGAUUUAGUUGGUUUCGAAAAACUAUUUACUUUUGACGAAAAAACUGAUCCCGACUACGUCAAAGCCAACUAUGUUUUACUUCCCUUAUGGGCAACUCUAAUCAAUUUAAAAAUGAGUUUCUAUCAAUAUGGUAUAGUGCAUCAGGAAAAAGUUGGUCUUAUCAAAGAACAAGUGGAUCGGCUUAGAGAUUACCUUAAGAGAACCGUAAAUGAUCCUCAAGGAGCAAUUGAACAUGCAAAUAAGGUAUACAAAGAUAAAAUGGCAGACGAAUACAAGCAUUCAUAUUCUGAACAACUUUACGAUCAGCUUGCAACUGUAAGAGCCUACUGUGCAUUAAACGGUACCCAGCAUCUUGCUGCUUGGAAAGCAAUUGCUGAAAAUCCGGAAGAGACAAAGAGACCUUAUAAUCCUGUAGUUGUGUUUUCAACACAGUUUGGAAGAAAUAAUGCUGUUCAAAGCAGAAGACAAGUUACUGAUGAAAUACCCCCACCUUUGCAACCUAAAGAAAUAAAUGGAAAAUUAAACAUACCUACUAAAGUAGAUGUUAUUCUUUCUAGCAAAAACUCACCUAAGAUUGGAGGCCUCCAAGUCACAUACGAAAAUGGUGAAUCUGCGACUACAGGUGCCAAAACUAGUGGAGAUAAAGAAACUGUUGAUUUUGGUGGUAAAAACUUGAUCAAAUUAACCGCUCAUGGUACAGGACAAAUCAAUGCCUUGGACUUCACUUUCGAUGAUAACUCUACUAAGACAGUUGGAACUGUUGAAGGUGACAAACACGAAUUUACUCUUGACAAUCAUCGCGUUGUUGGAUUCUUCAUGACUGGUUCUAAAAAGAUUAGUGAUGACGUUUCAGCAAAUAUUGCAGUCACUUACCAAUUAAUUCCUGAAAAGUAAAUAAAAAGAAAAGUCUACGUUUAUCUGAUUAUCAUAACGAUUAUACCUAUCUUUUAUUGUUACUUAAAUAUUGUACAUGAAAAAGUCCA